UUCUCUCAAAUCAAAUUCCUUAUCCAUUUUAGUUUGAUUUAGCAAACUGUGGAAAGUUUGCAGUCAAUCUUGGGAAAUUAUUUUCAAGCCAAGCCUGAUUGUUGUUUAUCCGAACAGAAAUAAAAUUUUUCUUUGUUCUUAUUUGUAUCUGAAGAGUUAUUUUGAUCACUGUUCUAGAUUUAACAUGUUAUUCCUUCAGCCUCUAUCAAGUGCAUAUGGUCUUGCAAAACAUAGGGAUGGUCGUUGGGAAUGGGCUAUUGCUCCUGGAGUUUCUCCAUCUCCAAGAUACCAGCAUGCUGCUGUUUUUGUCAAUGCUAGACUUCAUGUCUCUGGAGGAGCUCUUGGUGGUGGACGUAUUGUAGAAGACUCUUCAAGCAUUGCUGUGCUUGACACUGCUGCUGGAGUUUGGUGUGAUACCAAGUCUGUUGUUACAAGUCCCAGAAAAGGGCGAUAUAGUUCUGAUGCAGCUGGUGGAGAAUCGUCUGUUGAGCUGACAAGGCGUUGUAGACAUGCGGCUGCUGCAGUUGCUGAUAAAGUUUUUAUUUAUGGAGGAUUACAUGGCGGGAUGCUUCUUGAUGACCUACUUGUUGCGGAAGAUUUAGCUGCUGCUGAAACAAGUGCUGCUUCCCACAUUGCUUCUUCAGGUUCCACUGCAAAUGUACAAAUAGGAGGAUCACCAGGAAGAUACAUGUUCUCUGAUGAAAGAUCAAGGCAAGCUACUCCUGAAAAAGUUCCUGAUGGUGCAGCGGCGAUGGCUCCUUCAGUGUCUCCUCCUGUCAAUGGGGAUAUGUGCACCAACAUGAGCCCCGACAACACCAUGCUUCAAGGACCAAGAUUGAACAAAGGUGUUGAGUAUUUAGUAGAAGCAUCAGCAGCAGAAGCUGAGGCAAUUAGUGCUGCUUUAGCUGCUGCCAAGGCACGACGAAUUAAUGGCGAGCAUUUACCUGAUCAAGCCUAUGAUUCAGAGUCUACUCCACGUGGAAAACAACUCCCAAGUCUCAUAUCAGAUCCUUCACUUUCAAAUGGUACAUCUUCAGUUGGGGUUCGAUUACAUCAUAGAGCGGUGGUUGUAGCAGCUGAGACAGGAGGUGCAUUGGGUGGUAUGGUCAGGCAGCUCUCAAUUGAUCAGUUUGAAAAUGAAGGCAGAAGGGUCAGCUAUGGCACACAGGAGAAUGCAACUGCAGCUAGGAAACUAUUAGAUCGUCAAAUGUCUAUUAAUAGUAUACCCAAAAAGGUUGUUGCUCAUCUUCUGAAACCACGUGGUUGGAAACCCCCUGUACGCAGGCAGUUCUUCUUAGAUUGUAAUGAGAUCUCUGAGCUUUGUGAUAGUGCUGAAAGAAUAUUCACUAGUGAGCCAACUGUUCUACAAAUUAAAGCUCCUGUCAAAAUCUUUGGUGAUUUACAUGGUCAGUUUGGGGAUCUCAUGCGCUUGUUUGAUGAGUAUGGUGCUCCUUCAACGGCAGGGGACAUUUCUUAUAUUGAUUAUCUCUUUUUGGGUGAUUACGUUGAUCGUGGCCAACAUAGCCUGGAAACUAUUACUCUUCUCCUUGCAUUGAAGAUUGAAUAUCCACAUAAUAUACAUUUAAUUCGUGGAAACCAUGAGGCAACAGACAUUAAUGCUUUAUUUGGGUUUCGUACCGAGUGCAUCGAGAGAAUGGGAGAACAAGAUGGAAUCUGGGCAUGGCACCGUAUUAACAAAUUGUUUAAUUGGUUGCCUUUAGCUGCUUUAAUUGAGAAGAAAGUUAUCUGCAUGCAUGGUGGUAUUGGCCGUUCCAUAAAUCAUGUAGAACAGAUCGAAAACCUUCAACGACCUAUCACAAUGGAAACUGGCGCAAUAGUUCUUAUGGAUCUGCUAUGGUCUGAUCCAACAGAGAACGACAGUGUUGAGGGGUUAAGACCAAAUGCUAGGGGGCCUGGCUUGGUUACUUUUGGGCCUGACCGAGUUAUUGAGUUCUGCAAUAAUAAUGACCUCCAGUUGAUAGUAAGGGCACAUGAGUGUGUCAUGGAUGGUUUUGAACGAUUUGCUCAGGGUCAUUUAAUCACUCUUUUCUCUGCAACUAACUAUUGUGGAACAGCAAAUAACGCGGGGGCAAUUUUGGUUUUGGGACGAGAUCUCGUGGUUGUCCCAAAGCUAAUUCAUCCCUUACCUCCUGCCUUCCAUUCACCUGAAAUAUCACCGGAGCGUCAUAUUGAGGAUACAUGGAUGCAAGAAAUUAAUGCCAACAGACCAGCCACGCCUACCCGAGGCAGACCUCAAGUGGCAAAUGAUCGAGGUUCUCUAGCCUGGAUAUAAUAAUCAUCCCAAAUAUGGUAUACUAAUUCCCCUCCUGUGAACUGAGGUUCCUGGUGGUUCAGCUGUUGGACCUACUCUUUCGAACAAGAAGCUGGGUUUAUAAACUGGCCAUCAAAAUUCGUAAAGCUCUUAGAUAUUUCAACAUGUAAAGUUGAUUGAAAGUUGCUUACCGACGUGUUUGGAGUUUUCACCAUGUAACUUAACAUGUGAAUUGGCCAGUUUACUGUACCAGGAAAGUGAUCGGAGGUUGCCCCAGUUGACACAAGCUUCGCCACUGUAUAUUCUGCUGCUUGAUAGGUGACUAUAUGUAUUGCGUCGGCAGUUGUAAAUCGCCAAUAGUGUUUUUGUGGUAGUUAUUCUUUCCUUGUCGAGACAAACCGAGGUUAACAAUUACUAUGAGCCAUGUAUAAUAACAGUCUUUUCCCUUAUUGCACUUCCGUCGCUGUAAUUUCUUUGGUGAUUUUGUGUACAAGUUUUGAGCAUAACGUGUAAUUGAUAAGGAUGCGUUGGUUUGCAAGAAUAUGGAUUUGAUUGAUUUUUUAUUCA